AUGGAUGAAGAAGAUCAAGAUGAAAUUGAGGUUGGGAUGAACAACAGUUCAAGUACAUCAGAAUCAAUAGAAGAUGAAGAAGAACAUGAUGAGGAUGAGGUGCCAUUAGAGCCAAGAUUUAAAUAUGAUCGGAUGAAAGGAGAUGCAGCAAUGAGUGUAAGGUUUUUUGGGGUUUUAGAUAGGAUUUCUAAACAAAUCAGCAGAAUUAGAAAGUGAACAACACGUUCCAAAAAAUCUUAUUUCUGGACAGCAUUCAAAUAUUGUUUAAUCCAAAUUCUAUCACAAAAAAUUUUUUCUAGAUGCUGAAAAAAGAAUUGCUAACUGCUAUUGACAUUGAUGAUAAAUUUGUGGCAAUUGGAACACAAUCGGGUAAAAUCUAUGUGAUUGAUCACGAGGGAUUUGGCGAUUUUCAAAAUGUGCCAAUUAUGAAUCCACAUCGCUGUGCGGUCAACAAAUUGAAAUUUGAUGAGACCGGAUCGUAUAUUAUUAGUUGUGCAAAUGAUGGAAAAGUAGUUGUUUCAGGAAUAGGAACUGAUAAAUUAACAUGUGUAAGUUACAUUAAUCUUGAAUAUUAUAGAACUUGAGUGUUGGAAUGAACAAAACUGAUAAAGUCUAUCAAAAAAUAUUAAUAAAAGUUCCUAAAAAUGCAACAAUGAAUGUGAAAACAAACAAAAAUGGAGCGCACGUGCUUCACCCGCCAAUUAUUCAUAGAGGGAGUUUCAAAAUAUUUUUUAAAUGUUUUUUUUAUUUAUCAAAGCCUGUAUUUUUCCAGACAGUGAAUGUGAAUAUGAUGCCCAGAUCAGUUGCGUUUUCACCAGAUUUUGCAACUGCUCAAUCGACAAACUCUUUUAUUGUUGGUGAAAGAAGUCUGAUGCUUUAUGAUAAGAAGUUUUUCAAAUAUAAAACAACAGUGAGUAAAUUUCCAAUUUCUUAUAAAUACGAUAUAUCAGAAUUCAGAUUCACAUUAAAAAUUUUCCAGGUUAUUUACAGUGGCGCCGAGCGUGAUGGUUUCAUCAACUGCUGCUCUUGGAAAGGCAAUUACAUCGCAAUGACAAACGAUUUAGGUACCCAGGUGUUUGAUCGAAUUGCACUAAAUCCCAUCACAUCAAUUCAACCAUCUCACGAUAUUGACAAAGUUCGAAGUUCUCGAGCUCCACCAAAACACAUUUGGCUCCCAGAUAAAUCAUUGGUAAUUGGCUGGGCGGAUACAAUUACGAUUGUUCGAAUUGUAACAACUGAUGAUAGUCGUCGAGGUGAAAUUCACAAUAUGUGGCAUCUCAAAAUGUUUGUCUCUGGAUUAUCAUAUAUUAUUGAUACAUCUACUGAUGUUGUUGAAUUAGUUGUGACUGGUUUGAAACUUGAAGAUGAAGAAUUUGAUGAUGGAGCUGUAAGUGUUUUGGAAGAAGGAGUUUCCUGAAAAUAUUUGAAUAUUUUUUCAGUCAAUGGUUUCAACAUGCACAACUUUGACAGCUAUGGAGAGCAGUGUUAGUACAACUCUAAAAACCAGUGUGAUCAGAUCACUUGGGUUGAAGGAAUAUGAGCUGCAAUCAGAAGAUACGAUGAACAAGUGAGGAAAUUUUGAAUUCUAAAUUCAAGCUAUGAAAAAACCAAAAAAUAUUUUUUCUAGCGUUCAACUAACCAAAUACUCAAUGCCUUGUAAUAUUCAUAUGGCUGGAAUACCUUACCUCAACACAUAUUUUAUAAUGACACUCAAGGAUAUUGUAACCGCUAUUCCAUAUGGACCAGAGGACGGUGUAAAAUGGAGACUAAAAUAUAAAUUAUGGGAUGCAGCUCUGGAUAUGGCAAAAAAUAAUGUAUAUUGUUAUAAACAGAUUUUUUUAAUCAAUUAUUUUUUAUUUCAGAUCGAGGUCCUUUCGAAAACUGAUGUGGACUUCAGAACUGUUGGUCGGCGAGUGAUUGAAGGAUUUUUGAAAGAUGAAAGACCGAAAGCUGCAUCGGCAAGAUUGCCGAAAGUUUGCGGAGAAUCGAAAGAUGAAUGGGAGUGGGCUGUGAAUUUAUUUGAGAGGAAUCGACUUUGCACAUUACUUGCUGAUGUUUUGCCAACAUCUAAUCCACAAUUGGAGCCGGAAAAUUAUGAAGGUGUACUUCAAGCAGCACUGUUCAACGAUGUGAAGUUAUUCAGGAAAUUGGUACAGAUGUGGAGUCCGGAUUUGUAUCGAACAUUUUAUAUUAUACAUCGAACACAGUGGAGGAUUCAAGAAAUUACAAAGAUUCCGAAUACAGCGCAGGAUGAGAAGAUACUGAUGGAUGUAAGUUUUUUUUUCGAAAAAAACCACAUCAAUUUCAAAAUUCCAGAGUUUGGCUCAUCUCUACCUCUACGAACGCAAAUAUGACCAAGCACUAAAAAUCUUCAUGUCGCUUGGCGAUACUCAAAUCUUCAACGUCGUCAACAAACAUCAAUUAUUUGAAAUGGUCAAAGAUCAAAUUCAAGAUUUGAUGAAAAUUGAUUCGGAUCUUGCAUUGCGACUAGUUCUAGAUAAUGAGGAUUCAGUUGAACCGUCAUUUGUUAUGGAUAAAAUUGCGCGCCAACCAAAAUUGCAAAUGGCAUUCCUAACAAAACUAUUGAGCAGAAAUGAAGGUAUAUUUUUAACACCAAUUUUCGAUUUCAAGAUGGAGUUAUCAUGUUUUUAGGGUUGGAAUUUGCCGAUCGCGCAAUCCAACUUUAUGCUGAACACGACCGCAAGAAAUUGUUACCAUUCCUCAGGAAAAAUGAGCAUUACCACCUGAACCAGGCUUUGAAAAUUUGCCAGGCUAAAAAUUACACGGAAGAAGUGAUAUUUUUGUUGACGAAAGGUGGAAAUCAUUUCGACGCUGUUAAUUUAAUGGUCAAAGAAUAUUCAAGUAUCGACAAAGUUAUUGAUUAUUGUAAAGAUCAAAAUGAUCGAGAUUUAUGGAUUUAUCUUGUUGAAGUUGUGUCAGAUAAUCCGGCUCAUUUAGCAAAACUACUAGUUGACGCCUCAAGCUGCCUCAAUCCUUUAUUAAUCAUUGAAAAAAUGCCUUUGGAAACUGAUAUACCGGGUCUUCGGAACGCGAUUAAUCGCGUAUUAUCCGACUAUAGUGGUCAUUUACAACUACAAAAAGGAUGUUAUGAUUCGACGUUGGCUGAUUCGAAGAUUCUCAUCACCGAUUUUUUGGAAGAUGCGAAUUCAGCAGUUUUUGUACAUACGGGUCAAAAAUGUGCGAUUUGUGGACUUAUUGUUAAUUGCGAUUCAGUUAGAUAUGCGACUGGUUAUAGGAUUCAUGGAUGUGGACAUGUUAUUCAUAUGGCGUGUAGUGGAGACGUGAGUUUUUUGAACUUCUAUGAAAUAAAAAUCACAAGACCUUGUUUUUAUACUUUACAAAAUUUUAUUAUUGUCUAUCAAAUUCUCGAAAUUAUAGUACAGUAUCACGAAUAUUUAUAGUUAUACAAAAUUGAAAGACAAAAACAAAUAAAUUUGAAGUUAAUGUUUGGUUAUUUUUUAAAAUUUUAAAAUCUGACUUUUGGAGAAUAUGAAAAAAUUUCAACUUCUAUAACGAAUUUUGCAAAUCCGGCUUCUUUUAAAAUUCCCAAAGAUUAUGAAAAUCAUUCCCAAAUCUUAAAAAAUGAAACUGCUCUAGUUUGAUUUCUGAACUUCCUUCCUGAUUCUAGUAUAAACAUUGUUUUGAAAAGAGACAAAAAUCAUUGUUGAAAUUCAAUAGUAUCAAAUUUCCUCUCAAAAAUCAAAAUUUUCAGAAUGCUUCCAACAAAUGUUCGGCUUGUCGUGAGCAACCAAUUGAUUAA